CAGUGUGCACAGGUUGCCGUUAAAGACUCUUUGACAUCAAGAGGAAGGCUAGAAGGAUUCAUUUCAAAGUCUGAAGACUUUCAUAGAUUGAUGAAUUUCCUUGAAGCCAUUUAUAAGCUGACAUACAACACCGGUAUGGCAGGAGAUCCUUGUACUGUCCACUAUUACAGGAACCUAUUGGGCCAUAGAAGUGCUAAAGGACCAGUAAAAAAUGCAUAUAGAGCGUACAAGAUGCUUUAUUACACAAUACUUGAUGCCAUCUGCGUAAUACUCUUUAUGGACAAGUUGGGGUCAGCAGACAUAAGUGAUGUAACACUUCCAGAUUUUUCACAAAUGACACCCAAUGAUAGCAUUCAAUGGCUCAAUAGCAUUUGCCAGGAGCUGGUGAGGAAAUAUUUCUUUGAAAAUGCUGAAGACAUUGUUGAAGAAAUUAGAAACGUUCUUGAAAAUCCUCAGCAUGAGGAAAAUUACUGGACCUCGUCAAUAGAGAAUGGCCGUUUUAAGUGUCAUCAUUGUGAAAAGGAUUAUAAAAGAGUAAGUUCUUUAAAAGCGCACGAAUCUGGAAUGCAUGGAGUCUCUUUGAGUAACCCGAAGAAAAAGAAAGAACCCAGCAGUGAUGAAUUGCAAGAUUAUAUUUUAAUGCUUUUCAAACUCACUAUGCUCCUUCGGAACUUUGACAGUGGUGUAGAUAUGGGGGAUGGAGGACGAUGCAUAAGAUCUGCUAAGUAUGAGCUUCCAAUUUAUCAUAAGACAAACAAAAUCAAGUACACUAUCUGCUCCAUUCAUACGACUGCAUUAUCUUCAGGACUUCUUAACCCUGACCAGGAGGAGCGCUUUAUUGCAAACCGAUUUGUGAACAUCCAAGGUGGCAAGAAUAAUAAUAUUGCACUUGAUGAGUACAUUGAAAUGUUAAACAGGGACACCAAGGCAUCAUGUACAGGACACAAGACAAAAGACAGCAUAUUAAAACAUGCCAAAGAGUAUUUACAAAACAAUUUGAAGAGGCUGGUGAAUUGGGUCAAAAGGAUUUCAUCAUCUUCCAUCUUAUGCAACUGAUGUCGAGAAGGUGGUAAAGGAUUUAUUAGAGCAACACGUACU